AGUAACAUCGCGCGCGGAUUUUUUUUUUCAUGUCCUGAAAUUCUUCCUUUUAUCUUUAAAAACUACAAAAAAUACGUCAAGUGGUAGAUUGCUCUAUAAAAUUAACAGUUAUAAUUUCGAACCUUCAGAAAAUAAUUUGAAAAAAAUUGGUGUUUGUUCAAGUGAAUUUGAAACUUAAAAAAUAUAAGUGCGCCCUGCGAUCUAUUUUCCGUGCGGACUCGGGUUGGUUCGGUUGCGAAAAGUGGCGGCAUUCGGCCAUCAUCGGCGGCGCUCGCCGCGUAGAGGGCGUCCAUCCAACCCCGCUCGUGUGUGGGACAGAGACAGAGAACACUGCUGACAUGGCGACAACACGAAUGGAUUGAUGUUUUUCACGUGGAAAACUCAUCCCUUGAAUGUAUCCAUACAAAGGUUCCCUGCGCCCGACACAAAACUGCACUAAACACUAUGAAACAUACAAAUUGAAAAUGGCUUUUAAAAAGUAAACAUUAUCUAUUGUUGACGUUUUGUUGUAUUGUUCAUGGAACAAGAGAGAAUACUUAUGUAUACAUGAUUGAAUAGUUGUUGGUAAAAUUAUAUUUUAAGCCUCGACUGGCAGAAAUCAUAUCUUCCAAAGAAGAAUAUAUACAAAAGCAAAAAUGGCUACGCAGAGGUUUUGUUUGCGGUGGAACAACCACCAGUCUAAUAUGUUGUCUGUGUUUGAUCAGCUACUGCACGCUGAGACGUUCACAGACGUUACACUAGCCGUUGAUGGCCAGCUACUGAAAGCACACAAGAUGGUCCUGUCGGCUUGCAGUCCUUACUUCCAAGCUCUCUUCGUAAACCACCAGGAGAAACAUCCCAUUGUUAUAUUGAAGGACGUUCCGUAUUCGGACAUGAAGAGUUUACUCGAUUUCAUGUACAGGGGUGAAGUAAGUGUGGACCAGGAGCGACUGACGGCUUUCUUAAAAGUAGCCGAGAGCUUAAGAAUAAAAGGACUUACAGAAGUAAAUGAGGAGAAGUGCGAUAUUCCAGCUUUGACUAACUCGUUAAUACAGCAACAGUCGAAUGCGCACACUCCUCCUCCUCAACUACACAGAAUACAUCCAUACAUGCAUCAGAAAAGGCCAGCAUCGGGUGUGCCAACCGGAGGAGCACCUCCCAAUUUAUUAAUGCCUUUAUUGGGUAAUGCGUUGAUGCAGCCUAAACGAAAACGAGGUCGGCCUAGAAAACUCAGUGGAAGUUCAAGUGAUGCUUUAAACACUGCCGCUAGUCCUCCCGGAGAGUUCGUCUCGGAGCCUACCUCUCACGGAUCAUCGAACCGUCCAGGCGACCAACUGAUCAGAGGUUCUCCAGAGAUGUUGGAAGUUAAAAUGUCAAUGGAUAGCUUUAACGCUGAUGACGGGGCAACGUCAGGGGGCGAGGAAGCAGGUGAAGCCCUACUCAUUGACGAAGGUGACGACGCGCAAUCGACAGAGGCACCCACUGGCAAGGACUCCGAGUCUGCAGAUCCCGAUAAACCGCAAAAAGAAGAAAUACAACAAAACUUUUCAACAAACGGGCCUGUGCUUGCCAUAGAAAACGGAUCAAUUAAACAAGAGCCAGCCGCUGAACUAAACGACGGUUACAAUGAACCAAUCGAAUAUAAAUAUAAUCCUGAUAGAAGCCGCGACAAUUCUAAUUCCCAAGACGGUCCUAUUAAAGACACAGAAGAUAAAAACAGACUAGGUCGUAACUUAAAGCCAAAGAAUAGUAAAAAAUUACUACCCCAAAUGUCCAAAAUUAGAGCUCGAAACUUGUUCAAUCAACUAUCCGGGUUAUCCAGUUUGAAUCCCGCACUGAAUACGUUCGACAAAUUCCCACCGGACCCGGUUCUGAUGCCAGCUCUCGCCACACAGCUGUUUGCCGCUGAGUUAGAGCAAAAUAACCUCAACUUGGCUAACAACGAAGUAUCCGAUUUAGCACAGACCAACUGGGAACAUCGUAUAUUUCCCUCUCCUAUAAGGAAGGCGAAUAUGGGUAGCGUGGGUAACUACCACGAGGAGACAAACGAGUCUGUGAGAGAUUACUGCAUCAAGGAAGGGGAGAACGUGUUCAGAUGUAAGAUAUGCGCGAGAGUCUAUACACAUAUAAGUAAUUUCUGUAGGCACUACGUUACUUCUCACAAGAAAGACGUUAAAGUUUUCCCGUGUCCCAUCUGUUUCAAAGAGUUCACUCGAAAAGACAACAUGAUCGCUCACCUCAAGAUCAUACAUAAAAAUCAGCCCAAUGCUAACGAGCAGAUGGCCAAGCAGGAGUCCUAGACAGCGCAGCCGCAGUCGGCAACACUCAGUAGUACUCUUUGUCGCAGAUGUAUUGAGAUCUGAUUAGCCAGAGUAGACUUUAUUCAUGUUAUACGUUAUUUAACUUAAAAUUUGGAUUUUCAAUAGUUUAUAAAAGUAGAUUGCGUAUUGAGUAAGCGUUCGAGCUCUAAGUUUCAUACUUACAUACUGUAUGUCAAUAAGUUUGUUGAUAUUAAGCGACGCCAGUCGUUUGUUGUUAAUAUUUAUCUAUUUAUUUAUUGUUCCAUUUGUUUCUCAGAGUGCUAACUUCAAAGAGAUUUAUAAAAUUUUCUAUGAUUUACUUGUUAUUUUGCACUUAACUUGUUACUUAAUUUUAUUAGUUACAACUUUUUCAGGGUACAAAAUAACUACUCAUGGUGAUCGUAAAUUCGAAAGUAGUAUAAUUGUUUAUGUGCUGAAUAUUAAAUGCAAUUCUCAUUGAACUGAAUUAGUUAGUUUAAGUUUAGUUAAUAUAUUUAUGAUUAAAGCAAUGGCGUGGUCUUUUUGUAAAUAGAGUCUUGUGCUAGGCGAUACGUCUGUCUGUCUCGGACAGCGACGUAUCUCGAGAGGCUAAUGAAAAUGCCAAAUAAACUCUUUACAAAAAGAUUACAACAAAAUGCCAUUGCGUAAGUAGUAGCGGGAAAAUGCAUUUUCAUUUAACUUGCCUUAAUAGUGAUCUUAGUUGUAGAUGACGAUUUGACUUCUUCGAAGUAAAACUCAACACAGGCUAUGAUUUUAUUUUCUAGAAUUUGUUAAGAUUAAUUUAAAAUAGUUUAUCAAUGUUGAAAUAUUUGGUUGUAAAUGUUAUUGUACUAUUCAAAUAUCUACUUAUUUAAAUCGCUUAAAGUAUACACAUAGUAAAUACAAUAAAACGUAUAGGAUAGUUGGCGCUACAGUAUCACGGGCGAAACAUUGUAGUACUUCUACAGAUCAAACGUUCAGUUCCUGAUUAUUCAACAGAGCCCCAAAUCAUUUAGAUAUUUUAAUAAAAGUUUUAAAUUCCUAACAUUAAAUAUAAUAGGAUUAUAUUACUUUGUUAAAUGAUUCAAUUAUUUACUCAUGUGAAAUAUCUAUUUGUCAAAGACAAUACAAGAAAUACUGUAGCUAAUGUAUAAAGGUUAUCAUCGCGUACUGCAUCUGUUGUCCGGCCGAUUACAAUGCGGCCGUGCUUACAACGGGCGCAGUCGCGGUGCCAUAGCCGUAUCACAAACACAUCUACCUUAUUCAUAUUUGAGUUACUAUAAACUAAAGCAACUUUAAAACAAAUGUAACAUAUUAUAUAUUUUAAAGGUUGAUGUUUAAAUUGUAUAUAUUGAGAAGAUACAACAAGGCGUUGUUGUUGAAGUGAUCUUAGCAAGGUGCUUUGAAUGAAGUUUAUAUGUAACUGGAAUCAUGAGAUGAUUUGUAAAUUCUAUUUUAGUAGAAAACAAAAUGCCUUAAAUUUAAAGUAAGGAACGGUACUUAUAAAAUUAUUUACUUAGUUAAAUUUAGAGGCAAAAGUAGUCUUCCAUGUAAUUAUAGCGACACGUUUUCAUAUUUCAAUAAUAACGAGAAAAAUUAAAUUGUUUUAAAUAAUAAUUGUAUAAAAUGAGUUUAGUAAGUAUGGGUAGUAGUGUCUACUUCAAUAGGAACGUAUAUAUGAGUGCGACAGUACGUCGUCGACCCAAACACCAAAUUCUCCAAUACAAACGUAGGUCCAGGGAACGCUUGCCUAUUAGUGUGCCUUUACUUGUAUAUUCAUAAGUUUAAUGUUUAUCGACUACUAGACGACUAAGAAAUUUCAAAAAUGUUAUGUAUUAUUUAUUUUCAUUAUUCAGAGUUUACAAUGUCUACUUUAAGAAGCUUCCUUAGGAAUUUAGAAACCUUUUAGGCCCAAGUAGUUAAUUAAAAGAUGUAAUUAAAAUUAAGAAUAUAUCAUCUCAUGUUUUCCAUUUUGUUUGGAAAUCGGAACAACUCGUGAAUGUUAUUUACAAAAUGAAUAAAAAAAUUCGUGUAAUUUUCGAGGCGUCGGGUCUUGAUAAUCAAUAUUAAGACUGCUAAAAUUCAUAAAAACGAAUUUAUUGUACCUACCUUUCAUAAAUCUUUAUACGAAAUUUACCUUGAACAUUGAUAGGUACUUAAAGAGGAAAUUUAGACUUAAUAAUGGUGAGGCUAUUAUUGAACGAGUAAACAAAUCACUUACAUUUAUGAUAGUCAAUUUAGCCAGUGCCUAAGCUUAACCCGUUCAUUUAUGUGUACCUAGUUACUCUUACUUGGACUACAUUACUUGUGUAAUACAUGUGUAUGUAUCAUUGUUUUCUUUACCUUUAUAUUACACUCGAAAACAUACAUUUCAAACGAAAUUGUAUUUGAACUUAUAUUUAUUGUCAUCUCAAUAAUGAAUAAUUUUAUUAUUUGUUAAUGUUAUAUCAUAAUUGGUGCUAAAUUAUACUUAAGAAAAUGUCACAUGUGAUGUGACAUAAAUGGAUUGUCCCUAAAUAUACAUAUUUAUAUAUUGUUUGUUGAUAUUGUUGUUUUAAAGAGCAUGUAUAUUAUAGUCGUUACAUUAUUUAUCCGUUGACAAAUUCUAUCAAGGGACUCUAAAACAUUCACAAUUGUCUAUGCAAAUGAAAUGUUGUAAUAUUAGCAGUUCCAAAAUGAAACAAAAUAAUAAGGAUAUAUUUACUCACAGAUUACUAAGAAAACUUAAAGCAAUAUUUAUGAAAGUUAUUACAAGUACCUAAUUAUUGAAAGAUAGCUUAAUCGUGUAUAAAGAUUUUCUGGGUUCAGAUUGAUAUCAUAAUUUUCAUCUCAUAUAAAUUACUUCCGAAUAACUAAGUAUAUCAUAGCGGUUCAGUAUAAAUAUAUUUGCCUAGGGUUGUUUGAGGGAUUGGUGGAGAAGAUAUAAAUGUAGAGAAAUAUAUUUAUUUUUUUAAUCUACAGGGUUGUAUAAUACACCUAAAGCGUGGUUAUACUUAUCGUGAUCUUGUUUACACUAUUAUUUAAACAGUACGACCAUACUAUAUAUGAACAAAUAGCCAAUGCCAAUUCGUCAAACAAAAUCAUGAUCGUUAAGUUGUUAACUUUAUCUCUCACAAAAGUUAUAUUAAACCUACAGAUACGAAAUUUAAUUAUAUCUUUACUUAUAAAUUCACACGACAAUUAAAAUAUAUUCUAGAGUUUAGCCAAAUGUUAAGCAAAUCCAUAUUUUUUGUUAUUUGCACUUAGACAAUAGAGAAUGCAAAGAGUAAUGUUUAGAUACAUUUAGAAUUGAAAGUUACACGACAUAGAAUAUUUGUUAAUAAAAACAAAAUACAAUGGUAUACAAUAAGGUGUUAAUUA